AUGCUCGCAAACGUGUCGAAAGAAUGGGGCCGCGUGACGAGCUUGAUCGACCGUCGGCGGCGGUUAAAGCCGAGGAGUGAGGACGUGAACGAGCUGCAAAAGGUGGACUUUGCACGGCAAGCGAGAUCAAAUAAGAAUAAGAACAAGAAGCCGAAGAACGGACGCGAGGAAGAGGACGAUGGGAUUACGUUCACCGGAUCCAGCAGCAAGAAGAAGCAGAAGACGAAGGCGCCUAAGCAGACGGGGCAACAGACGGAGGUCGCUCGAUCGCGCCUUUCUCCCAGCGGGCCCGCGUUCGGGCCGGCGCGGAAAAAGUCGUGCGUUUCUGUGAAGCUGCUUGGAGGGGAGAACGGAUCAGCGGCUAAGCGCGACCUCCGGGGCCCCGCUCCCGCCGCUGCCGGAAGCGCAAUGUCGCCGGAGCUUACACCAGACGCCGCGGUAGAGGCUCUCGGCACGGCGGCAUCGCAGGAGAACGCGGAGGAGUGCGCGGCUGUGCUGGCGCGGCUGGGCCGGUCCGCGGAUAGCCUUCCCGCGGACCUGGCGGACGCAAUUGCGCGCGGGCGCGUGCCCGGGGCGGUGGUGGAGCGAUACGCGGAGAUGGAGAACACAGUGGUCCUGGGGUAUUUGAUGCGGUUCGGCGGGUUCAAGGAACGGUUGCUGGCAGACGAUCUGUUCAUGACCAAGGUCGCGAUCGAGUGCGGCAUUGGGAUCUGCACCAAGACCUCGGCGGAGUUGGAGAGGCGGCGAGGCGCCUUCUUCCCCGAGUUCGACUUCGUCAUUGCUGACGUGAUCAUGGCGCUGAUAGCGGACUUCAUGCUCGUGUGGCUGCCCGCGCCCACCAUCCCUCUGCACCCCGCUCUUGCCAAGGAGGCCACCGCCCUGCAAAAGUUUCUCGACACCUGCCCCGAUAACGCUUUCCAGGUGCCUGUGCGUGGCACGGAGUACACUCUCUUGCAGCGAUUCAUGGCUGUUCUGAGGAACGGAGCGAAGCUCAUGGUUGUUGGGACGACAGCAUCCCUGUUUGGCUGUGGCAUGACCAACGCUCUCCAAUGGGUGCGCAGGGAGCUUGCUGCUCCCCCGGCCGCUGCUGCAGCCACAAUCCCCUCCCUAGACCUCACCACUGCUGCCUCUUUCCCUCUAGACUCGUCGGCUGAACUGGCUGCUACAUUGAACCCUGCUGCUGCCAUUGACGCCGCCACGACUGCUGCAUUGGUAUUGGACCCGUUGGUUGCUGCCGAUGUGGCAGCUGCUGUGUCGGCGUCGGCUGCUGAUGUGGCGGCUGCGCUGGCCACGGCUGCUGAGGUGGCAACUGCAGCUGCGGGAACCAUUCCACCGGAUUUGGAGGUGCCUAUUCUCGCUACAAGCUUGGCCUAUGGGUCCUAUGCAGCCAUUUCUGCAAACCUAAGGUGGGUUGUGAUGGAGGGAAGGGGUUUCAUCGGAAGCAACCUCGUCAAGCUUCUGCUGGAUCGCGGGUAUCAUGUUCGCGGAACAGUUAGGGACGCGACAAAUGAGGACAAGACGUCAUGGAUUCGCGAUCUCGCAGAGGGCACUCCAGGCAAACUUGAGCUCUUUUCAGCCGACCUGGGCAAGCCUGGGAGCUUCGACGAAGCCGUUGAAAGAUGCGAGUUUGUGUGCCACGUCGCCUCUCUUGUUCGUAUGAGUGUGCCAAAUCCGCAAUCUGUUGUGGAUGCAGCCCUGGAGGGCACGAGAAAUGUAUUCUCUUCCAUCGUCAAGCACAAAACUGCCAAAAAGGUGGUGGUCACCUCAUCUGUAUCAGCAAUUAUUGACUACGCAAACAACAAGGACCAUGUAUUUACUGAAGAAGACUGGAACCAAGACCUUAGUCUUAAAGAUCCAUACCCGAUGGGUGAUAAGGCAACUGAUGAGUGGAUGGCUCUUCAUGGCCCCGGACUUGUAUUUUGGCAUUGUGCACAUUGA